CUGUCUCAUUUACACCCUGUUGAAUUUCUUACCAAUAUUUUUCGCACUACCUCAUAGAAGUAUAAUUGAUAUUUUCAAAACAUAAAAGGGUCUCGUUUAAAUAAGGAAAACCUCAAGGGGCAUGAGAGAAUUUAUCCCUGUUUUCAAAAGAGUCCCUGUUAGAGAGAAGCUGUAGAGUCUUCUUCAUCACAAACAAGUCUUCUCCAACACUUUUAUCUGUUGACUUGGUUCCAAUCAUCUCACCGGCGACCCUCACUCAAGAUCUCUCCUUUCUUCCUUCAUAAAACGGAAAAGUCUUUUGCAGAGGUUUUUUUUUUUUGGGUGACAUCAAAGUUAGACAGUUGAAUAGUCAUUGCUGAUCGUCUACUGAGUCGUCCUACAACGAGUUAGGCCAUAACUCAAUGAGUUGUGCUUUUAUACUCACAGAAACUAAUCUGAUUAUCCUCUCAAAAUUCAAAUAUUGCAAAAAAGGUUACAGCACUCCGAAAACAUGUUAGAAUGAGAACCAAGAAAAAAGUAGAAAUAGGUUCAAAGAUUAAAGAUAAAUUCAGCUUGCCCUGUCCAAGAAAGUGAACAAGUCGUGGGGUGUAAAGAAAAUUUGUUUCUCUUCAUUUCCGAACAUUCAUGGAGUCUAUCGUUCUUCAGUCAGGCCUUACAGCUGCUUUUUUGGAGGUUGUUCUUGAUAAAUUUACAAACUUUGCACAAAAAAGGUUUGGCCUGAUUUUGGGUGUAGAUGAAAAACUUAAGAACUUGGAAAGAACAAUUGUUAAGAUCCAAGCUUUGGUGGACGAUUCAGAAAUCGACCAACUUUCUAACAAUGCAAGUGGGCUUUGGCUUCUAGAUCUAAAAAGCGUUUUGAACGAUGCAGAGUACUUGCUUGACGAAAUAGCUCUGGAGCUUGAGAGAUGGAACUAUGAUGAUGGAAGGCUCAGCAGCACCAAUCAUGUGCGCCAUAUGGUAUCGUCAUCAUUUCAGUUCAGUAUUCCGUCUCAAAUACAGGAAAUGCAGAGAAAGCUUAAUGCUUUGCUAGGUGAAAUGCAAAGUUACUUCAUGAUGGAUGUUUUGAAAUUAAGGCGGGCCAAGGUUUUGAACAUAAAACAUUCCACUUCAUUAGUCGAUGAGUCAUUUACUGUUGGAAGAGACAAGGACAAGGAGGAAAUUUUAAGGCUAUUAAGUAGUGGGCUUGUGGAUGGGCAAACACCUUCAGUAAUUUCAAUAGAGGGUAUCGGUGGUAUUGGUAAGACAACGCUUGCUCAGCUUGUUUACAAUGAUGAUGAAAUAGCAAGGAAUUUUGACUUGAGAAUUUGGGUUUCUGUUUCUGUACAAUAUGAUGUACUAAGGAUUACAAAAUCUAUUUUUGAAUAUGUUACCAAGAAGAUUAUGCACUUUUCAGAUCUGAAUCACAUCCAAAUUGAACUUCAGAAAACCCUUCUGGGAAAAAGGUUUUUACUUGUCCUUGAUAAUAUGUGGGAUGAAAGUCCUAGUGAUUGGGACAUCUUACGACUACCUUUCAAGGUUGCUGCAAUGGGGAGCAAGAUUUUGGUGACCACUCGUAGUCAAAGAGUUUCGACAGUUUUAGGGAGUCGAUUUGCUUACCAUGUACAAAUUUUGUCCGAUGAAGAUUGUUGGGAAUUGAUAAAAAAGAUAGUACUCAAAAAUAAAAGUAUGCAGAUCAAUCAAAAGUUAGAGAUAAUUGGCUCAAAGAUAGCAAAAAAGUGCAAAGGGUUACCGUUGGCUGCUAAGAUGGUAGGAAAUGUUCUCUGUUUCAAAUCAGGGGAGCAAUGGGAGGACAUGUUAAAAGUUGAACUUCGGGACAUGGCUGGGAAUAGAAAUGAAAUCUAUCCAUCUCUAAAAGUAAGCUACGAUGAUUUGUCUGCUUGUCUGAAAAGAUGCUUUGCUUAUUGUUCCAUUUUUCCUUAUGAUUUCGAGUUCAUAGAGGAUGAUUUGGUCCAAAUAUGGAUAGCUGAGGGGUUCAUUAAAGCAGGAGGAACGAGAAAUACUGAAGAUGUUGGCCGAGACUAUUUUGAUGAGUUGUUGUGUAAGUCUUUCUUUCAACCUUCAUCAUCUAAUACUCCCACCUAUAAAAUGCAUGCACUGGUAAAUGAUUUGGCUCAACUGGUUUCAAGGGACUUAUGCCUUCGAGUGGAGGAUACAACAUCGUGCUUGUCGCCUAAAUGUACAAGUGUUUGCCAUUUAUCCUUACUUUGUCAAAAUUUUCGGCCAUCAGACUUGAGGACUUUUUAUCGAUACAAAAGCCUAAGCACAUUCAUGUCAACAUCGCAUAUUGAAGAAGUUCCUUAUGAUUUCUUUUUGAAUAUAAGACGCUUAAGGGUAUUGAAUUUGAGUUCUACUGGAAUGUAUGAGCUUCCCGAUUCAAUUGAGAAACUAAAAGUUCUUCGUUACUUGAAUGUCUCUUGUACCCGUAUCAAGAAGUUGCCAGAAUCAGUUGCUAAUUUAUAUGCUCUUGAAACACUUAAGCUAAAUAAUUGUUUCAGACUUCUCCGAUUACCCAAAUACAUGAAGAAUCUAAGUAAGCUACGACAUCUCGAGUUGGAUGUAAAACGCCAAAUCAGUUGUAUGCCUUUUGGACUUGGGAAACUGACUAAUCUACAAAGGCUUCAAGCUUUUAUAGUUGGUAAAAAUGAAGGGCAUCGUAUUGAAGAGCUGCAAAACAUGAACAAGCUUUGCGGAUCCAUUAGCAUCACGAAUCUUGAGAAUGUUGCAAAUUAUGGAGAGGCCAAAGCAGCAAUGUUGGAUAACAAGAAGUACUUGGACAAACUGGAAUUAGAAUGGUACACACAUGAGACGAACCGAGUGCAAAGGUAUGAAGAAGUUCUUGGAGGCCUUCAACCUCAUUUUGGAUUGAGAGAAUUGCAGAUAAAAAAUUACGGAGGAAUAAUGUUUCCAAGUUGGUUAAGUGAUGCAUCAUUUUGUAAACUUGAGACGAUUGAUAUACAAAACAGCCUAAAUUGCAGAAUACUACCUGCUUUAGGUCAGCUUCCAAUCCUCAAAUCUAUCUACAUCGAGAAGAUGCAUGAUUUGGAAUCUAUAGAUUCUCAUUUUUGUGGGUUGCAUGGGGUAAGUUUUCCUUGUCUAGAGUCACUUACAUUUCAAGACAUGCCUAAUCUACAGAUUUGGAGUGGAAUAGGUUACAAUGUCAUGCCCCAGCUCCGUCGGCUUACUGUUAUAGAUUGUCCUGAAUUUCGCACUCUACCUUCACUUCACUGGCUUGCUUCUCUAAAAUUUUUGGAGAUCAAUCGCUGUCCAAUGCUUCAAUCAUUUCCAGAUGAAGGACUGCCAACUUCUCUUGAGAAUUUGAUCAUUAUGGAAUGUGAUCUUCUAAAACUACGAUGUGCUGUGGAAGAAGGUGAAGACUGGAGCAAGAUCAAAUUUAUCCAAAGUGUAGAGAUUGAUGGUGAAAAGGUUCCAACAGAAGGGAAUGGAAGCUACACAAUCUAGUGUUUGCUGGUUUUUAACGUAAUGGUUGUUUAUUUGCUAAUGUGGUUAAUUUAUAUAACUUCCAAUAUAACUAGGAGUUUCAAAUUUCAGUACUCAUAACAGAACCAAACAUAUAUAUGGGUAAAUUAUUGUUAUAUUUUUAUGUAAUGCAUCUAGGACUGGGGUAAUUAAUUAUUUCCUAAACCAGCUAGCAAGCCAUGUAAAUAUAUAAAUUUAUGGGAUCACAGGACAUGAACUUUUGAAGAUA